CAGCCCUGAUUCCCAGCAGGAGGCAUCGCCCUGCCCAGUCACUGAGGAUCUGCCAGCCUUCCCAGGACAGGAGGUGGAAGAUCCCUGUCCCAGCACAAGCAGCUUGGCCCACUCCCCCUGGGACAGAAGCAGCUCCUGGGACUCUGGCAGCAGCGAGGCCGAUGGGCGCUGCUGCUUUGUUGCAGGGACCCCCAGGGACUCAGAGGACGAGGAGGAGGAGGAAUGGUUGGACAUGGCCACAAAUGAAGCUUCUCUCAAGGUCAUCAGAGAGCAGCUCCGGGGCAGAGGAAAGGAUGAGGCGCAGCAGCGCAUGUUCCUGCACGCCAUCCACCCCGCGUGUCUCGCUGCACAGCAGAGAGGGCAGGACACACUGGAGCUGCACUGCUGCAAGGUGGCUGUGGUGGAGAGGAUUGUGGAGCUCAUUGAGGAGCUGCCUGACGACUCUCCACCCUGCGCCGUCUUCACCAACUCCCUGAUUGCUGUGGGCAACCUCAGCACCAUGAAACCUGCUCUGGAGCCAGAACUGGAGAUACACCUUAUGCAAGCUGCCCUGCAUGCUGUCUUUACCCUGGGCACAGAGAAGGACACCACCCAAGUCCAGGCUCUGCACAAGAUCAUGCCAGAGCUCCCGGAUGCCAUGCUGGGGAACCUGCUGACAGAGUCCCCAGAAACAGACAUGCUCCACUACAUCUUGGAGUACGUCAACUUCUGGAUUAUGUCCAGGGUGUCCCAGGAGAGAGCCAGGGCCAUUAAGAGCAGCACGGCCCUACUCAGAUACACCCUCCCUGAGUUUGAUAACCCAGCAGAGUUCCCCAGGAUGGGUCACCAUGUGGCACAGCUGGCUCUGUUCAUCAGUGACCCAGCCAAGGACAUCAGCCGGCAGCCCAGGGAAGGGAUUUACCGGCUCUACCAGCUGCUGCUGCACUAGAAGGGGCUGACCAUCCAUGAGGCAGAAGAUCUGUGGUGCUGGGACUGGCACCAGGACAGCAGGCUCCUGGGCUACAGGAACACAGCCAGGAUGGGGGGGGUCUUCGGAAAGUUCUUCUCAGAGGGGCAGAGAAGAUACUUCCUCCGGACAGCAGUGUUGGCCAUCCACGACCCCUCCUGCGUCUCAGCCAGGCUGGGCUGCUCCUCGCCUACUCCCUGCUGGGGGACCCCCAGCAGCUGAUGGGGGACAAGCAAGAGGAUGUCACAGCCAACAUGAUGUGCCAGCUCCGCAUCAUCCAGCACUUGCACCAGGUGCCCGAGGUGCUGCAAGGGCUGUGCCUCAUCUGAUGCCCUUAAAUGUUUCCCGCCCAUGUUCAGCAACUCCCGCUCCCUGCUGCAGUCUCCGUCCCAGCCUCUCACACAGAUGUAUGCUGCAGCCAGCCCAGCUCAGGAAGCAGUGGACAGAUGAUCUCAUCCUGUCAAACCAAGCAACAUGGGUCUCGUUGAGGCUUAGAUGGAAGAUCCCACGCAUCUCCUGGAGGUCUCACCAUGGAUCCUGGAGCUGAACACCAGAUGGGAGCUGAUAGAUUGUCCUUGGAGGGCCAUGUCCUUGUGUGUGAUGGAGCUGUGUGCCAGAAAGGGCCAGAGGCAGAUGCACCACGCAUGGCCAGAAACAGGCUAAACAGUCUGUAAUGCUAGAUAGUCAGCCAGUGAGGCCAGCUUGCAGAAUGUGGAAGAGCUGUUUGGCAAUGGGUUGGAGGACUCACCAUGUAGGCGGCAGCAGCUGCAGAGCCUGGAGUCCCCAUAGGCAAAGCCUCCACUCCUGACAGUCCGGGCUAACCUCCCCCUGCACUCAGUGGGGCUUUGGUGUUAGCUGCUGGGCCUGCGUGCCCAGACAGAGGACUCAGGUAUUUCCAUCAGGCUGCUCAAUGGUAAAUGCAGCCAUCCAAAGAAGUGGAGAAUGGAAGCGGAAGAGCAAAGCUGGACCAUCUGCUGAGCUCCGGCAAUCAAGUGACCACCACCGGGGAGAGAAGAGGAAGAACUCGAAGGUGGCUGGUGGCCGUAGGGAGGAAAAGCAGUUUGGGAGCCAGUAGAGUAGAAAUAAAUAGUUAAUGAAUACUAUGGGCUUUGUCUUGUGUGGUGAAGGGUUUAAAAUGGGUCUCUUUACUAUCACACUAAACUUUAAAAUAGCGGUGUAUGAUUAAAGGGCUGGUCUAUAAAGGUAAGAGGUCAUUCUAGGAGCUUGCAGUCUCAGAUUCUGUCGCUACUGCCUGCUUCUACCAGCUGAUCUCAACCCAACAAAUCCCCCAGGUGGUAGC